CCGCCAGUUUGCCAUAUAGAACCGACGUACUGGCACUCAAAUCAAAUUCAUAAAGACAGCACCAUUUUGACACACAUCAAAACAUAUUGUUUGAACUUUUGAAGUGCUAUGCGACCGUUUGCUUGAACGGUUUUUAUGGACCCUAGACCCUCAAAAUUUGCAGUACCUUGUCCUUGUGUUGUGAAGUGAAGACCAAUGUCAUCCACGCUCAUUUUCGUGGGGUUGCCGGAGGAUUCGAAGAGCUCUAUCACAAAAACGCUGUCGGCGUCGGAGUGCCCGAGUGUGGGCGAGUUGAGCUCGGAGGAGUUGCGGCAGACGAGCAUCACGAGCGCCGGAGUGCCGAAACGCGGGGUGCCAAAUGCCCCGAAGAGCUGCAUCGGCGAGAUCUUCAGCUCGGACGCGACGGACAGCAGUCCAGUGAAGAAUGGCGCCGCGAGGCCUCGCGUAGUGCGCGACACGCCCACCCGUCCUCGCGACACCCAUUCCAGACUCUUUGGACAGGUACAUAAAACCGCUAACAGCAGCUCCGUCGCCCCAAUGGUGACAGACACCAUCCGCAGCCACAUCCAGUUCGGAGAGGGAGAGAUGAACGGGGGCAGCCUCCCGCACUCCCCUUCCAAGGCCAUGACGAACGGGAGCGCCACUUCCACGCCCAGCCGAGAAGGCAACCCGAUCACCGGCGAUGGCUACAAGUCGAUGAACGGGCAGAUUAACACGGUGACGUCCAUCAACGGUACCAGCCACUUGAUCCACCACAGCCGCGUGCCGCCCGGCGGGUUUUCCUCCGGCCUCUGGUAGGCUCCCCACCACUAUCCACCGCUCCAACUACCCGCGGCGACGACCAUCUGAUAAAAUCUGAUUCUCUCUUCACUCGCCGCCCAACUCUCGGCACGCGCGGACCUAUAAUAUUUUAAACUAUACCGCCUAUAAUUUAAAAUAUUAUCGGCAACUAAAUUGCAUUUAUUUAAACUUACCAUUUUGUUAAUCGACUAAAUUUUUUCUUAUAGUGUCUUUAAAUUAUAGUAACGCAACGCGCACCAUCAAAUUGCAACGUCCACUAUAACUGAAAGGGUAUAUGUUGUUAAUUGAAAUCCUUAGCCUAUCCCAGUAACUGUUUAUUCAAAUAAUUUAGAAUAGAAUUAUAGAUAUUUUUGUAAUAGUAAUAUUUCGAUAAUUAUUGUAAAAACGAUAGAUUUUCGUUGGUUGCUCUCUGAAAUCUCAGCGGAUUGAUCAAUGUGAACGCUGAAAUAUUGGCGGAGCGUUUUAAUGGUCUGUCUGGGGUCUCAUGGACCAACAGUAUUAAUUUAAGAACUUGAUAAAUUGUAACCUUUCACACUUAAAAUAUGUUAACGCAUUGAUAUUGAGAAUUAGGAGUGAGGAAACGUAUCAGCAAUAUACCAAAACGAAUAGUGCCUUGAUUGGUGAUGAUUGAAAUUCUAUAAGAAUCGAUAUACGUUUGACUUUACAUCUCGUAGGAAAGUGAUUAUAUUGUCUAUAUAUUUCACGGUAUAGAAAUAGUAAUCAUACGGCACUGGCUAAUUGAUACAUUCAUAAAUUAACAUUAAUAAUUAAUCAACACUAUUUAAGUAUUUCGUUUGUUGAAUUUCAUUAUCGUAUUUAAAUAGAGGUUUUAUAGAAAUGCAUUUAUUUUGUCUUUUAUACAAGUUUUUAUUUCUUUUUUAGUUUAUUUUCUACUCGUUUAGGAUAAUGGUGUAAAAAUGGAUUUGAAUCUUGGUAGAUUAUCUGUUAACAUAUUGGGUGAUUGUAAUGGACCAUAGCGUGUUAGAUUAUUAUGUAUAAGUGGUGACGUUUCUAUGUGUAGAAUGUAACAAUCGUUAGAAUUACCAUAUCAUCUUUGUAAAAACGUUUUAAUACUUCCUAACAUGGAAUCGCAUAAUCACUGGCCUAAAUGUAACAAAACUGUUAAUAGAUAAUAAUCCAUUAUUUCAAAAUAAAGUUUUUUUU